AUGUAUGGUAAAACAUUUGAAUAUACUUUUGCGUACCAAUAGGGCUUGUAAGUACCUUAUUGCAUGUUGCGAACAAUAUUUUUAAAUCACCGUCAUCAGCUGUUUUAUAAAGCAACGGCCUUGGUCCAGCGACAUUUUGGCAAAUUCGUAAGUUCAGCUUUUAGUAAGCACGUCAUUAAGAGAAUUGACUUCAUAUUCUGCAUUUUAAAAUCUUUCUACAUCUUUGAGCUCGCAAGAUUUUUUAUAAUUUUUAAUAAUUAUCAUUGUAUCCUUAAUACAUCAUGUUUUUUUAAUUUAUUCUUUGUAGAAUAUAUUAGUGAUAAUUAGUAGACAUAAAAAAAUGAUGUAUAAUGUUACGUGUGUAUAAUUAAUACAUUUAGGAUAUUUUUCAUUACACAAAACUUUACGUAUUGUAAUUCAUAUGGGAUAUUCCAAAGAUAGAAAAUUUUCAUAAUAGAUUCUUUCAGCGGUUGGCAAUCGAUACUUCCUCAGCGAAAAUGUCAAGGUAUCUAUAGUAUAAAGUGGUCAAGAAAUUGUCUUUUAUAUUACAGUUAAUACAUAAGCAUAAUAUGUUAUUCCGGAUACUUUUUCUUAAUUUAAUGUUAGUUAAUUUUAUAUAAAUAAUUUAUUUUUCCUAAUAUUCUUAGUUUAUUAUUGUCCCGCAUACGAAGAAAGGAAUUAAUAGCAAAAAGAAACAUUUCAAACAUUUCAAAUUCUUCAAUAAGAUUAUUAAAAUAUAUGCAUAUACAUUAAAUUGUCCAUGUGACACAUACUAUGAAUUUUAAUGUCAAAAUUCUGUUAAAAAUAUGUAAAUACAAGUGAUUUAAAAAUUAAUUUAUUCCAUAGAAGCUAAUUUUGUAAAAAUUCUAUUUGAGUCAACAUUCUGUAAUAUUCUGCAUAAUUGUUUGUAUGUUUAUAAAUUUUUUUUUAUUAUUCUCUUUUUCAAAAUCGUUCUCUUAUUUUUUUCUAACAUUAUUAUUACUAUUUAAUAUAAACUCAAGCGUAACAUGAGAGUCGGUGGGUCAAAUGAUUAAUCGCAGAAAUUUGUUAACGCCUUUUAACAAAGUAGGCUAAUCAUCACUUAGCCAUACAUAUCAAUAUAUCAAACUACUGUUAAGAGAGUUGAACCGGUCGACAAGGAAAACACAUCAGCGCGGCAAUCAAGGAUUGAGUCGGAAGUCGGUUUGAUCGAUAUAUGCAAUGCGGACCAUUAAACCUUGCGAAAAUUCGCUUAUUCGCUCUUCAUCUUUUAAAAGCCUUCCACGUUUCUCUCAGCGAUAACGUCGAGUAUUUGGAGAUGUAUGAGGGCGAUUUGAACCAUAUCUCUCGCGGGAAAGAGAAAAAAUAAAAAAAAUCCGGGAAGAAGCGAAAGGCCAACGGACCUGCAAAAAUCCGCGAAGCGUGGAACUGAUGUAUAUCCAUUUGCAUAAAUCAUUAUUUUCACGGCGUUGGCUUUAGCCCGAAUGUUCGUUGAAAUAUGGACGCUUUUCUUAGGAACACCGGAUUAACAAUGGACGGCGACGAGAUCAACACCGCUGAAAUGUCCGCAAUGGUCUUUUAUUCAAAGAUUUCGGAGAGCAGAAUGAAAGAAUGAGCGAGCGAGUGAGAGAAGUCGGUGGAGUAAAUUAAAAAAUCUAGUUCUGCCAAUGCCACGGGAUUGCGACACGCGAAGGAAGACCGUUUUGGGGGGAGGAAGACUCUGGGGUAUAAAAGGUCGAAAUGUCUCCGAGCAGAUGCUCAACUCAUCGCCCUGACAUCACACGGCUAACAUGAAGCUCCUCCUGUUCAAGCUUGUGGUCUGCUGCGCGGCGGUUCUAGCAGCGCCGGCCGAUAAGGAGAAGAGGGACAUCUUGCCGGGUGAUCCACGCUACGGAACCGACAAUCAUCAAGAGCAUCAAGCGCAUGACGAACAUCACGAGCAUCACGCGAACGAGAAUGAGGUACAACCCCAACCGUCCUACGGACCACCCAACCAUGUACCCAGCAAGCCUUUGGGAACUGAUGAAUUUGCGAUCAAUGAUGCUGACAAAACUCCCGCCUCCAUCCUCGUGCCAGCUACCUCCUACGGGAUACCCGAUAGCACUCAGGUGAUCAAAAUCUCGCCGAAAUCGUUCAGUCAUAGUGGAUUUCUUUUCGGCGACUUUUUUGGACCCACCUUUGAUGAGAAAACCGCUGCCCUAAUCAAGACGACCAUCCAGGAAAGCCCGAAAUUCGACACUGUGCACGUACACAAGUCCGCGACCCCCGAGGUCCAUCAUGACGUCCUGGAGAAAUCAGCGGUCGUUCACAAGACGGAGCACACUCCGAAGUCCAUCUCUCUUCCGCAAGCGAAGACGACGACAUCUCAUGUGCCCACUGAGAUCCAAGGUGUGUUUCAGCACGACAUACCCACGUUUACUUCUGCUUUCGGCGGCUUCCCCAGCUACGUCUCGUACCCCUCGUACCCCUCGUACAGCAAUAUACCCGUGAAAACCUUGGAUCAUCAUGUGCAAGUGAAAGUACCCCACCCGUACCACGUACCAGUGACCAAGCACGUCCAGGUCCCCGUUCCCGUCCCGCACACCGUCGAAGUCCCGAAACCCUACUACGUCCGCGUGCCCCAGCCUGUUCAGGUCACCGUGAAUCGCCCGUACCCCGUGGAAGUGCCCCGCGCGGUGCCGUACCCCGUACAUCACUACGUAAAAACCGCAGUCCCGACGAUUGCUAAUCAGCACCACCUGAUACUGGAUACCAAGGCCAGUCCGUUCCAGACUUUCUACGAGAACAUCCAAUCAACAUUCCAAAACCCACCGUCUUUCCCAAAUCCCUUCGAGAACAUUGACCUGUCCUCUUACGUACCGUCCUUCCCCAAUUUCAUACCUUCCUUAGGCUCGUUUAUUCCUUCCCCGCAGCCAGCCCCAGCCACGGCCGACCACGUUAACGUGUUCUCUUCGGGCGACUCGAUUACGGUGGACAAUCCGGUGCUGAAGACCAAGCCCACCGUCGUGCAACCGAUCAUCACGCAUCACACCAAGACGCACACCAAGGGCUCCUCCACCGCGUGCGCCGGAUGUAUCGUCACCUCCGCAAGCAACAAGCAGAAUCAUGUGCAACCCACCGAUGCCAACGGUGCCUACGUAUACUAGGAUACAUACCUUGUAAUGUAAUGGACGUUGAAUAGGCUACUGGAAUUUAUUAGUGGAAUAAUACAUAUUACGCCGAAGGAUCGCUCCUUAUUUCUGACGUGUCAAAUUGAAAUUGGAAAGUUUGUUUGCCCUUUUUUUUACCUUUAUAACAGUACAUUUUUAUUAAUUUAACUCUUGAAUACAUAAAAGGAGAAUGUUUGAAAACUUGUAUAGUUACUUUCCUGAUGAUACUCAUACAUUAAAUCGAGCUGUUUGAAAGAACAU